GUAGUGAUUCGAAGAUGUCCGUUGGCCUAUGUCGUGAGCCUCUUGAUUCCUAGCAUCUUCCUGAUGCUCGUAGACCUGGGAAGUUUCUACUUGCCCCCCAACUGCCGUGCAAGAAUUGUGUUCAAGACCAAUGUGCUGGUGGGCUAUACAGUCUUCAAGGUCAACAUGUCUGAUGAGGUGCCAAGAAGCGCAGGGUGCACGUCUCUGAUUGGGGUCUUCUUUACCGUCUGCAUGGCCCUCCUGGUUCUCAGUUUGUCCAAAUCCAUCUUGUUGAUCAAAUUCCUCUAUGAGGAGUGGCACAGUGGGCAAGAACAGCCUCUUAUGUGCCUUCGAGGGGACUCCGAUGCCAAUGAGUCUAGAUCGUACCUCAGGGCUCCAAGUGCUGAGGCCACAGAGUCCCCGGUCGGUCAGGAACACCAGAUCCCAUCAGAUACUCUGAAGAAUUUCUGGUUCCAGCUCCAAACCAUCAACAAGUCUCUCCGAACUCGGGAUCAGGUUUACCAGAGGGAGGUGGAAUGGCUCGCCAUCCUGUACCACUUUGAUCAGCUGCUCUUCCGAAUCUACCUUGCCGUGCUGGGGCUCUAUACUGUCACCUUAUGCUCUCUCUGGGCACUGUGGAGCAGGAUGUGA